AUGGGCUUGAGUUCAACACUGGCAAGCCUCCUGUUGUUCCUCAGCCUGUGUGGAAUCUGUAGAGCAUCUGAACAGGGGAAGUGUACUGACUACAAGCUCCAGUUUGAGAGGGUUUUCUCUGUUCCUGGAGAUGUGGCGAUGCUGAACAGCACACUGGUCUCUCCAGAUGUCUUUGACUUCAAAGCUGUCCCGUACACAAUCAUGUGGUACAACUCAACGUCAGGCCAAGAAAUCACCAAUCAGACUGGUCAUAUCCUGGUGAACCAGGAGACCCUGUGGUUUCUGAAUGCAACACUGAGUGACAGCGGGGAUUAUGUGACCAUACUGAGGACUCCUUCUCACUGCUAUAGGCAGGCCGCCAAGCUGGUAGUAGAGGAAAGACUUCCAGGAGAAUGUGGAAGGCCGAGGAAAGCUUUACAAGAACUUACAAAAGGAGCCAACGACAGCCUGAGCUGCCCUCUGGGGGACCAUAUCAAUAAGCUGAGAAGCUACAACAUCACUUCCUCCAUCAAGUGGUACAGAGACUGUGAGCCCAUAGAGGAUGGGACAAACAUCUACGAGUAUUGGGACACCAAACUGAAAAUGAAUCAUGUGGAACUUCAACAUAAAGGCACCUACACCUGUACUCUAACAUUCACCCUCGAUGGCAUCAAAGGAUCUGUGUCAGAGACCAUUGAUGCAACGGUCACAGAGGAGUACUCUUUGAUUCCACACGUGCAUGAACCCACCAAUGAAGUAGUCAAAGCAGAGAGGGGGUUCAACUUCAGUAAAAGGUGUCUGGUGUUUGUGCCGGGUGACGGGAAGCCUUCUGUUGAUAUCUUGUGGUUGGCCAGAGAGGAUUUCAUUGAGACUAACACCUCUCACCGCGUCCACAUGUUAGAUCAACGUAUGCUGCCCAAUGAUGGUCCUAUCAAAGGCGCGUGGUUAGAGCGACUGCUGAUGUUUUCUGAGCUGCAGGAGGAGGACUUGUACACCAACUACACGUGUCGUGUGUACAGUGACAGGGGCUUUCCUGAGAGAUAUUUUAGUCUGCAACCAGCAGAUCCAAACAUCAUCCUUGGGGCUGUGCUCGGUGGUGUGAUGGCUCUCUUUAUGAUCACUGUUAUUGUCUAUCUUUUUAAGAUUGAGGGUGUGCUAUGAUUCAGGGCAGUGUUUCAAGUCCUCUUUACAAAUACAGGUAAGUGCAGCUCUAUAAUUAGGGCCCGAGCACAACCUGUGCGAAGGUCUAUUGUAAUUGCUUUGGACAUUCAGGUCUGGUGAAAAUUUAAGUAUUUUAAUGGUUUCAGCCAUGGCCCUUUCAAAAUGGCUCUACCUUUAGUUCAAUUCCCACUGCUGUGUUUCUCAUACAUGUAUGAAAUUUGGUACACAUAUGUAACUUGUCCAGACAAACCAAAAAGACCGCGGGGUCCAAUGCGCUAAACCCAACAGGAAGUCCGACAUUUUGAAUUAAAUGGCUGAUUUUAGCGAUUUCCUGCCCUCAUACGUUCUCUAAUAACUCAUAGGUUUUGGAUGUUAUAAAAUUCAUAUUUGUGUUGUCUUAUCUGCACACCAGGGGGAAUUUAAAUUUAAAAAAAUGGUGAGUUUUCACCAGACGGCGUGGCCGUGACACCACAGUGAAUUUCGAUCAUUCGCCAGAAAAUUUUGAUUGCCUCUCAUUCAAAGCUACAUUAUCCAAUCUGGAUCAAACUUCUUCAGUAGGAUGACGGUCCAUCCCUGAACCCAUACAUAUGAUAAUAUUUACUGACAGUUGCAGCGCCACCUAGUGGGUACAGGAAAUGUCAUGUCUGACACUUUGAGGUACAACUCCAAGGUGGUUGAGUAGAACCAUCUCAAAUUUCCCCUGAAAAACCUUUAGGACUUGGCCUUAGACUGUUUUCAAAACUGUGAUUUUUCGCCAAAGGGCGGGACCCUGGCAGGAUGGCAAAGUUCAAUGUUUUGCCAUGUAGACAAAAAUGGCAGUAACUCAAAGCCACAUUGCCCAAUCUGCAUCAAACUUUAGUGGUAUGAUAAGCCUCCUGCCUUGAACACAAUGAUAUGCAUAAAGUCCCUAAACAUUAGAGCGCCACCUAGUGGGACCUGGAAAUAUCAUGAAAUACCAUGGUUUUUUGCGUAGCCUCUGAGCUACAUUUUAAUCUACAUAUCUGAAAUUGUGCAGGCUCAUGUAACAUCCUAAGACGUACAAAAAAGUCUCUUGGACCCAUACCCGAAACCCUACAGGAAGUCAGCCAUUUUCAGUUGAAGGUGUCAAUUUUUGCAAUUUUCAGGCCUGUUAUUUAAAUCACCUCCUCCUAGGGCAUUUCACCCAGUGAGACCAAAAUGGCUCCAGAUCAUCUAGACAAGUAGCCUAUCAAAAGUUAUUCAGGGUUUUGUAGAUUACUCAAUGGCUUUGUCACACCAGGCCGUUGAAU